UCGAUUGAAUUUUCAUAUGUGUUUGUAAUCAUAGGGUUUGGAUUUUUGAGUUGAAAUCAUAUCAAUCAGCCAACAAUCAUGUCCCUGAGACCUAGCGCCAGGACUGAGGUUCGCCGGAACCGGUACAAGGUGGCCGUAGAUGCGGAGGAGGGAAGGCGGAGGAGGGAGGACAACAUGGUUGAGAUCCGUAAAAACAAGAGAGAGGAAAACUUGCUUAAGAAGCGUCAAGUAGUGCCGUCGUCACAGCCCUUGUCUAGUGGUGCUCCUGUUCAAACCUCCACAAUCGAGAAAAAGUUAGAGAGUCUUCCUUCUAUGGUUGCUGGAGUAUAUUCAAAUGAUAGCAAUAUGCAACUAGAGGCAACUACCCAGUUUCGUAAAUUGCUCUCUAUAGAACGAAGUCCACCAAUCGAGGAAGUUAUACAAUCUGGGGUUGUACCUCGCUUUGUCGAGUUCUUAAUGAGGGAGGAUUUUCCUCAGCUCCAGUUUGAGGCUGCUUGGGCACUCACAAACAUUGCCUCCGGUACUUCUGACAACACUAAGGUUGUAAUUGAUCAUGGGGCAGUGCCAAUUUUUGUCAAACUUCUUGCUUCCCCAAGUGAUGAUGUGCGUGAGCAGGCUGUUUGGGCAUUGGGAAAUGUUGCUGGAGAUUCACCCAGAUGCCGAGAUCUUGUUCUUGGCCAAGGUGCCUUGGUUCCAUUGCUGGCUCAGUUGAAUGAGCACGCUAAACUUUCCAUGCUGAGAAAUGCCACAUGGACCUUAUCAAAUUUCUGUCGGGGCAAACCACAACCUCCAUUUGAGCUGACAAAACCAGCACUUCCUGCCCUUGAACGUCUUGUUCAUUCAAAUGAUGAAGAGGUGUUAACAGAUGCAUGCUGGGCUCUCUCCUAUCUGUCUGAUGGUACAAAUGACAAAAUUCAAGCUGUUAUUGAGGCAGGUGUCUGCCAACGUCUUGUUGAGCUGCUCCUGCAUCCUUCUCCUUCAGUACUCAUUCCCGCCCUUCGAACUGUUGGGAACAUUGUGACAGGUGAUGAUGUCCAAACUCAGUGUAUUAUUGAGCAUGGUGCACUUCCGUGCCUGCUGAGCUUGUUGACCCAUAACCAUAAAAAGAGCAUCAAGAAAGAAGCCUGUUGGACGAUCUCCAACAUCACUGCUGGAAACAAAGAACAAAUACAGGCUGUAAUUGAAGCAGGGCUAAUCUCUCCUCUGGUAAAUCUGCUUCAUACGGCUGAAUUCGACAUAAAGAAAGAAGCUGCUUGGGCAAUAUCAAACGCCACCUCUGGUGGUAAUAAUGACCAGAUCAAGUACUUGGUGAGCCAGGGAUGUAUAAAACCCCUUUGUGAUCUCCUUGCUUGUCCUGACUCAAGGAUUGUGACUGUGUGUUUAGAAGGACUUGAGAACAUACUAAAGGUAGGGGAAGUGGAGAAGAACUUGGGUCAUACCGGAGAUGUUAAUUACUAUGCCCAGUUGAUAGAUGAAGCAGAAGGUCUAGAAAAGAUUGAGAAUUUACAGAGUCAUGAUAACAAUGAAAUUUAUGAGAAAGCGGUCAAGAUUCUCGAGACAUAUUGGUUAGAAGAGGAAGAUGAACCCGUAGGAGAUGCUGCACAACCUGGCUUCAACUUUGGAGGAGGUAACGUUCAAGUCCCAUCUGGUGGAUUCAACUUCAACAACUGAAGGUUUUUGGAUGCAAGAUGGUAUGUUGAUGUCGUCAAAGGUCAAAUGCGGUCGGGUCGGGUCGGGUCAGGUCAGGUCAGUUGAGAGCAUCUCAUGUAGUCUGGUUGCCCUAUAUUGUGUGGUCCAGUCAAGGUCUGUUGUCUAAGAGAUGUGAAGUCGGUCGGUUGAUGAGUCAGGCAUUGCUUUUGUUGUAUACGAGAUGUACAUCUCUUUGCCAUAGUGGGACGAAGAGAUGGGAACGAUGAUGUUUUUUUUUGUUGCUAUUUGCCAUAUGACAAAGUUACAGUUGCAUCUUUCAGAGUCAUCAUUUUCGUAGCUCUAUUUUGAUUUUGGUUUCCACAUUCGGAGGUACACUUAAGGGGUGUGUGUUGUUCACCUUUAAUAUUUAUACAAGAAGGCAACUAGUUAUGCGCA